UUUCCUAUCGUGCAGUCAUAUGACACUUCUUUUUCAUUCAUCGUCAGAGAAGAAAAUCUCUCAGCGGAGGACUGCUCGCCAUCAGAAAAACUUAAGUUAGUCGAAAAUAUUUCUGCUUUCCCUGUUAAUAAUCGGUGCAAAAGUGUGAAGAAUAAUUCAGCAAGAUGCCUGGUUACAUGUUUAACAUCGAUGGUGGCUAUUUGGAAGGUCUGUGCCGUGGAUUCAAGUGCGGAAUCUUAAAGCAGGCAGACUAUCUAAAUUUGGUUCAAUGCGAGACUCUUGAAGAUUUAAAGUUGCACCUGCAGGGCACGGAUUAUGGCCAAUUCCUUGCAAACGAACCGUCUCCACUAGCAGUUUCGGUUAUCGAUGACAAACUCCGUGAAAAAUUGGUCAUUGAGUUCCAGCAUAUGCGUAAUCAUGCCGUUGAACCCCUGUCAACCUUUUUGGACUUCAUCACUUACAGUUACAUGAUUGAUAACAUUAUUCUGCUUAUCACUGGAACGCUGCACCAGCGGCCAAUUUCGGAAUUGAUUCCAAAGUGUCACCCUCUCGGAAGCUUCGAACAGAUGGAGGCUAUUCAUGUGGCCGCCACCCCGGCUGAGCUCUACAAUGCCGUACUGGUGGACACUCCGUUGGCUCCCUUCUUUGUCGAUUGCAUCUCGGAGCAGGAUCUGGAUGAAAUGAAUAUUGAAAUUAUUCGUAACACGCUGUACAAAGCGUACCUGGAGGCGUUCUAUGAUUUUUGCAAGAAAAUUGGCGGCACAACAGCUGAUGUUAUGUGUGAAAUUCUGGCGUUCGAAGCCGAUCGUCGCGCCAUCAUCAUUACAAUAAACUCGUUCGGAACCGAACUGUCUAAGGACGACCGUGCCAAGUUGUACCCUCGCUGUGGUCGAAUGAAUCCGGACGGUUUGGCUGCGCUGGCUCGAGCCGACGAUUACGAACAGGUCAAGGCUGUCGCGGAGUACUACGCUGAGUAUGCCGCGUUGUUCGACGGUUCCGGUAACAAUCCCGGCGAUAAGACGCUGGAAGAUAAGUUCUACGAGCACGAGGUGAAGCUGAACGUUUACGCCUUCAUGCAGCAGUUCCAUUUUGGUGUUUUCUACUCGUAUCUUAAAUUGAAAGAGCAGGAAUGUCGUAACAUUGUCUGGAUCGCGGAAUGUGUAGCCCAAAAGCAUCGCGCCAAGAUUGAUAAUUAUAUUCCCAUCUUCUAAAAGGGAAAAUUCAUAGAUUGUUUGCUAGUGCAAGAGAAAAGUUUAGACAUUCCUUUUCAUGUGAAAGUGGAUAAGCUGCGAAAUAACGACGAUGAAAGUAUUAUACGUGUUUUAUCUUUCUGAAAUAUUACCGUUGCUGUUUCGAGUGCAAUCGAAGAAGAAAUUACAGUUUCCCUCAGGCUUUAAAACUCUAAUUCAACACGCCAUACACAAUCCUAUGUAAAUGCCGUUUCUGUUAUUUGUUUGAAACAUUUUAUCUAUUUUAGGGAAAAAAUUCUUAAUACCUGUCCGCCAAAGGUGAACGCUUUCUGUACAUUUAUUUGUGAACAAUAGAAUUUAUUGAAUACUGCACUAAUCGUAAUUAAACUCCAAUUAAUCAAUGUACAAUGGUGAAAAAUAAAGUGUAGAUAACCAAUAUA